ACCUUUAGACCUCGACGCGGCCAAAGCUUUAUUCAUUAAAUUGCAGCUCAUAUUCUCCGAGGACUUCUGUGCUGAGAACAGAUGCCAAACAAAUCCACUGAGCAGAGAGAGAUAAACAAGGGUAGCUGGACCUUGAUGGGAGUGGAGCCGGGCAGCAAAGGGGAGGAAGUCUGCAGAUUCGGCAUUCAUGAUGGACUGGAACGACUCGCGUGCUCUGCUCUCUGGGGAGCAGCUCAUCUUUGCCAUCACCAUACCGCUGUCGACCGCCAUCAUCUUGGCCAACUUCGUCAUCAUCUUGGGCAUCGCCUGGAACCGCCAGCUCCACAACACAACCAACUACUUCUUCUUCAGCCUGUUAGUGGCAGAUCUGUGCACUGGCGUGGCGCUGCCUUUCAUACCAUUAAUGGGUCUGAACCGGGCGUUGAGUUUUAGCUCCUGCCUGGUGGCUCACGUUUUCCCAAACUUCCUCUUCCUGGCGUUCCUUUUCAACCUGGUAAUGGUCCACUAUGAGCGCUACAUUUGCAUCGUCGACCCCCUGUGCUACAGCAACCUGUGGAUGCAUCGCCGCUUUCCUCUGGCGUUGCUCGUGGUUUGGGCGCCACCACUUCUGUACGCAUCCCUACCUGCUUUCGGUUGGAAUAACUGGACCGGGCCGGAUUGGAACGGUUGUUGUGCAAGUAGCCCAAACACAACGCUUCUUUCAAACUGUUCAACGAACAAAACGACGUGCUGCUCGUACAGGCGAGUAUUCCCCAACGCCUUUAUCUACUUGGAGGUGUAUGGGCUCGUCUUACCUGCUAUUCUUACCAUCGCUGGCAUGACGGGCCGCGUUUUAUGGAUCACCCGAGGCCAGUUGAAGGACAUUUGUCGCCUUCACCGAUCAGUGGAGCGGGGAAGUCAGGCCUCGGACCGAGAGCAGAGGCUGAACAUGCGGUACACUCGCUGCGUGGUGGCGGUGUCUCUGACGUUUCUCGCAUGCUGGGUACCCUACCUCAUUUACAUGCACGCCUGCAUAGCGUUCUUGAUCAGCGACACCAAGUGGAGCUCCACUACUCACAUCGUGCUGUCAUGCACUGGCAUUGGAAGCAUGGCAGUCGUGCCGCUGGUGCUCGGCCUAGCUAACAGGCAGUACACGGAACCGGCAUUCAAACUUCUCCGGAAACUCCGAGACAGAUGGAGGCGGAGGACGCAGGGACCAGAGGAGGUGGCAGUCUGAGAACAUAACGACGAAUAUUUAUGAAGGUUAAUCUGGUAGAAAUCAUGUUGCUCAGUUUGAUGCCCACAGUAAAUUGGUCGAGGCCAUUGCAUUGAUUCUUUC